AAAAUCAAAAUAAAAAACAAGUCAUCAGUCAAUCUCAGCAUCAGACACUUUUAUCUUUCUCUGUCUGUCUCUCUAUCUUUUACCAAAAUCAGAGCGGUGCAGUGCAGCGUGAGAAAUGAGGAAACGCACCGUUUACGUAUGGGUAGUAGCGAUUGUGUGCUUCGUGGUGCUUAUGUUCGUGACCCCAGCCAUUCCUCAGAAUCAAGCUUACCACGAUUUCGCCGAUACUCGCGAAUUCUUCGGUAUUCCUAAUACACUAAAUGUGGUUUCAAAUUUUCCAUUCCUGGUUAUUGGUGUCAUAGGGCUUGUGCUUCGCUAUUAUAGGAACUAUUUUAAGCUGAGUAUGCAAGGUGAGCUUUGGGGUUGGACAUGUUUUUACAUUGGUGUUGCUGCUGUUGCUUUUGGAUCUGCAUACUAUCAUCUCAAGCCAAAUGACGCUCGUCUUGUGUGGGAUCGCUUGCCAAUGACCAUUGCCUUCACAUCAGUAAUGUCGAUCUUUAUCAUCGAAAGGAUUGAUGAGAGGAAGGGAACAAUCUCCCUCAUACCACUACUUAUGGCAGGCAUAAUAAGUAUUUUGUAUUGGAGUUUUUUUGAUGACCUCCGCCCAUAUGCCCUGAUUCAGUUUGUUCCUUGCAUUGCCAUUCCUGUCAUGGCUAUCUUGUUGCCUCCAAUGUACACACAUUCCUCAUACUGGCUUUGGGCUGCAGUAUUUUAUCUUCUAGCUAAGGUGGAAGAAGCAGCCGAUAAAGUGAUUUAUGAAUGGACACAUCAUAUUGUCAGUGGGCACACGCUCAAGCAUUUGUGUGCUGCCAUGGUUCCUGUGUUCUUAACACUCAUGCUUGCAAAGAGGAGUAUUCAAACAGAGAGGCAAAGUCUGUUCCAGACCUGGAGAGUUUCCUGGACCAAGGUCAAAGACAAUGGCUCUAGGGUGGAAAGUUACACAUGUUCAUACUCAACCGUUCCAGUUGUUGAAUCACCGUAAUUGUUCUAUACCGGCUAUCACUUUGAAAGAAAAAAAAUAAAGGCUGUAUAUAGACAAAGUAAAACUGACCACACUAACCUUGUUAUUAAACAUUGGCUCAAUACCAAAUAGAAAAUUAUCCAUUUGAGCUGGGUGCUCAACA